CGUCUUCAACGAGAAGUCGAGAGUGGAGAAUCGAGAACGAAACGAAUGUGGAAGUGAGUGAGUGACGUUUUGUAGUGUCUGAAGUCUGAACAACAUUCAACUUUCAACAGUUUCAUCGUGUCUACUGUCUAUCGUGUAUUACGUAGUCCAUGGCUAUGCCAUGAAGGUCGUUUGAUUUGAAUUGAUUACAUUUCGAGUUGUAAAAUUCCAGUUCUUGAUUAGUAUUUGUCUUGUUCAAAUAUAAUCCACGAGUUAAGUUGGGUGUCUUCGUUGUUAAAAUAUUGUAGUUUAUUGUCAUAAUGAGUGGGAAAGGCAAGGAGCCUUUCAAUCAACCUCGCUUGAAAGGGCACGAACGCUCAGCAUCGGCCUAUGACGGCACAACAGCAGGCAGUGGCAUGAGUGGUGCAACCUCUCCGGGAACUGAUAGUUUUGACAGCUCGUUCUUCGAUUCGGGCCAUAUCGACUCUGGAUUCCAAUCAGAACAAUUUUUAUCGGGCGAAAUAACAUCACCAUCUUAUUCUUCUCAAAGGUCACAAGAAUUAGACUCAAGUGACAGUAUACAGAGUGACUCGAAAAGCUGUCCCGCGCUCGACAGUGGUGUUGUUGACAUUGGUCUUAGUGGGGACUUGACUAACCUUAAAAUAGACGAUAACAGUGUUGGUAGACGUAACAACUUGAAUGCCCCCCACGAGUACACGGAAGGAUUGUCUUCAGCAUCACUGACUUCCAACACACAGUCCUCAUUAGACGUUACCACAAUAGUCAACCCUCUUUCACUGCCUGUCGAUAUCUACUUUGAACAAGAUGAAGAUGGCGACACACAACUCCACAUAGCAAUCUACUGUAAAUUUAUCGAAGUUGUGUACUGCCUAAUCACAAUGGUGCCUGAUCCAAGAUAUUUGGAUAUUCGCAAUGAUGCCUGGCAGACGCCGCUGCACUUUGCCGUGCUCACUUGCCAGCCUCGCAUUGUGCGCCGCCUGGUGUGCGCAGGAGCGUCGGUCGACUUGUUAGACAUGCAGGGCAACACUCCGUUGCAUCUGGCCGUCGAACAGGUCGACGUCGCUUCGGCCGCCGCCAUCUUGCAGCCCGUAACCACGGCCGAGGCCGUUGCAGCGCAACUCAAGUACUCGCCGGCGCUGCAACGUCACGUCAACAUCAACCGACACAACUAUGAUGGUCUAGCUUGUAUUCAUAUUGCUGUUAUGAAGCGCUCCAUUCAACUUGUUCAAUUACUACUCUGGCACGGGGCUGACAUCAACUCGAGAGAGUGGAAGUCAGGAAUGACACCUCUGCACCUGGCCGUGCAGUUGAAAGACCAGCAGAUGAUUGACCUGAUGGUGUCGCAGUGCAAGAACCUCGACCUUGAGGAGCAGACGUACGCCGGCCUCACCGCCUUCCAGUUGGCCGCCCUGCAGAACUCCACUACGCUCGCCCACUACCUGCUGCAGAAAGGCGCCGACAACUGUCCCAUAGACGAAGACAGCGAAGAAGAGGACGAUGAUGAGGAGGAGGUGAACAACAGCUAUCACACAGGCUUGACCCAGUCGAAGAUAAAUGGUGCUAUAAAUGUGAGUGCAUAGAACGUUUGCUGCGACAGUGAAAGCACUGAAUAGUACUCAUUGUAUAGAUACUACUCAAUACUGUUGAUUUCUCUGACAAAUAACAGUGAUUGUAAAUAUUCUAGUUUGUAGUGAGAUUUACUUCAGACUGUCAGCAUAGGUUGAUGAGGAUGAGUUAAUGAGUUGUUGAGGAUUGUUCACAGUUUGAAGUGAAUGUCAUGAUAUGCAUAUUGUUAGGCGAUUAUUCUUUAGUAUUGUGUCGAGCGAAUAUUGUUAGGUUCGAAGCUAGGAAUGUACUGAUUAUGAUGAAGACUGAAUAAUCAAUCAAAGUGAUGUGGCGAGUUAUUGUCAGACUUGAUUGUCAGGCCUUGUGUAGAAUUAAUGGACGAUCGAAAAUGAUGACCAAUGAUUGAAAAGUGCCAGACAAGAAUUUUUUUUAAUGUAUACCAUAAUAUAACUACCAUGUAAAUACUAAUGUUUUCUAGUAUAUUUGCAUUUUUCUUCAGUUUUGAAGAUAAUUUCACUUUGAUGAUAACCCAGAAGUUAUUUUUUGGUUCUCUGUAUCUAUUAGGAACUUGGCCAGUUAUACUUUCCACUAAAACUUUUCAUAUUUCUAUAAAUCCUCAACUUGAUUCGCUUAUUUCAAUGAAUCAAUAAUAUCAACUAUUCACGUUACUUCUCUCCAUGUUACAUUGAUAUAUUCCAAGUAUAUAAAUUGAUAGAAUCAAAAUUUCCGUAGUCGGACCACUAUAUGCAUUGGUCAUUCUGUUAUGUACUAAAAUGCGGUAGUGGAAUUAAUAGAUAAUUGUUUGUAUGGACUUACUCCGGCAAUAUUAAUAAGUCAAAUUACAGCUUCAGUCUGUAAAAGUUGUUGUAACUACUGUACUUGAAUAUUAUUAAUACUUGAAUAGAGUGAAGAUUGUUGCGUUGUUAGAAACGUGAGUUGAAGCAUAACAACUGUUCUCUAGUUUAUGCUCAAUAUUUACAUUUUUGGACUCAGUUCCCCUUCGGAAAUACCUAGUACAUCUGAGAUCCGAUACACUUUUCCAAGAUAUUUCGUCAUAAGGAAUACUUUUGUUUCCCUCUGAAUGUCUGAAGUUUGAGACUCACUCUUCUGUGAUGAAUUUUUUCUAUUUGCUUCCGCCAAAUAAUUUUUUUUUCUAUUUUUUAAUUGGGAUAACUAGUACCCUUUUUUAUACUUUUUCACAUGAACACACCAAGGACACUUGAAAAUGGCAUGAGUGCUGAAACUAUCAAUGUUAAUGUGAAAAAAAUAUAUAAAAAGAGUACUAGUUAUUUUUAUAUAUUUUUUUCCUAUUACAGUAAUAACAAUUCCUAUUACAUUAUAUCAAUUGGGAUUCCCAAUUGAUUCCUAUCAUCAUUUCAUUGGGGAAAACCCUUCAUCUAUAAUCUUGAAUUGUUUAUUAUAAGCUCUGAUGCAAUCUCUAAUCGCCUAAUUUUUCAAUUUCACUUUUUCUCAUUUUUGCUUUCGGGCACAUCAUACUUAUCAUUUUUCUAUUCUAUUUACUGUAACUAAAGAUUUUUAUUUAUAUUGUACUCCUCCACAUUUUUAUUUAUAUAUUAUUCUGUUGAAAAUUGUAUUAGCCUUAGCCGCUUUGAUGUAAAUUUGAUUUUUGCGCAUAUUAUUGUUUAAUUUCAAUAAAUGCCUGACUUGUUACUGCCAAAAUAAACUAUUGAUGUCGGUAAAUUUUUGAAUGAUUUGGAAGAUUGGAAGUCAAAUUUUGUAAGAAUUAAUACUAUAUUUAGUUUUAAAGUACUAUUAUUUAUCCAUCACGUAUUGUUUUAGUGUAAUUCCAAGAUUUGAUGUUGUGUUAACCAUUUUCAAUAUGCAAUUGGUUUUGUUAUGUAGGCAAAUUACUUGAUAAUUGUCUUAUUAUUUAAUAAUUUACCUAAUUAGCUGACCGUACUUUGAAAAAAUUACUGCAGUUUAAUUUAACGAUUCAACAGCAGAUUACUUGUAAACUCUUGAAUGAAUAAUGCAAUAUAACUAUUACUGUUCCUGAAUGUUUUAUGAUUGAAACAAACUGGUCUAAUUAUAUUUUUAAAAGUACAUUUAGAAUUCCUUCAUUGGAGUGAUUCGACUGGAGAAAUAGUUAUCUUAGUAGUAAGGCUCUGAAGGUUUGCUGCAUUUCGUUUUGGAAAUGUAGAUGCUAAUUUACUACUUUAUUUGAAAAACUAUGUUUUGAAUUAUUAAAAAGUUGAUCAGAAGAUUUAUGUGGUGAUUCAUAUUAUCCUGUUACCGCAAGAACAAACAAAUCUCUCUUUAACGAAUGAGAAUAAAGAACUUAAUUAUUACGGAUUCAGUACAAAAAACUUUCUGAGAUGGAUCUAAACCUUUGAUCUGUUGCACAAUUUAUUGGUCUGGACUACAACUAUUUCUAUCUCCAUCAAUCAGCGAAAAUCUAUCUCUAUCUUUAAAUUAAUAAAAUAAUUUCUAAUUGUGGAGAUCGCUGUUUUAUCUCGAGAGCAGGGCCUCAUUAUGUUAUCUAUUGACGUGUUAUCGUACACAUUACAUUUUUGUGAAUAAUAUGGCCUGCUCAUUCAGACUGUUACUUAUAACAGUUUGUUUACUAGUGUUUUUAUCAUAAAACCAUUCAGUAUUAGAAUUUGAUAAAUUCCAAAAAAAAAACUUCCAUGUUUCUCUUUUACUCUAUAGACUCGAACUUACUUAUUUUCUGUACAGUAGGUAUGUUAAGUUUGUGUAUAAAUGUAUCUAUAGUUAUCAAUAAAGUGUCAUUUGUAUGUACAGUA